UGUGUGUGUGUGUGUUAUUGCUGUGAUUGUGAUGCUGCUGCCCUCUGUGGAUCAUCACACUCAUCACACAGACAUGACGCGCGUCUGUUCAUCUGAAGCUUUAUGAUUAACUUAUGAUUAACUGGAGUUUGGGAAGAAACGCGCAGAAAGAUGCCGCAGAAGACGCUGUGCUCCGCCGUGGGGCUUCUCUGCGCAGCGGCGUGUUUAGUUCAGGGGAAGGAGUUUUGUUUCGGCGUGAACAAUGAACAGUACCGCUGUGAGAUGGGCUACUGCUGCGGGGAGACCGAGUGCUGCACUUACUAUUACGAGCUGUGGUGGUUCUGGCUGGUCUGGACCCUCAUCAUCAUGCUGAGCUGCUGCUGCGCGUACAGACACCGGCGGGUGAAGAUGCGACUCCAGCAGGAGCAGAGACAGCGAGAGAUCAGCCUGAUGGCCUAUCAGGGGGCGUCCAGUUCCUUCAUCACUCCUGCUCCUCUCAACCUGCGCUUGUGGACGGACUGUAAGCUGCCGGACUAUGAGGAGGUUCUGGCUCAUCCUCCGACGCCUCCUCCACCGUACUCAGAGUCUGUGGACCCGCAGAACCAUCAGAACCCACAGGACCCGCCCGCACCGGUUCCGGAGCAGGAGAACAGCCGGCGCCGGCACGUGACCGGGGACUCGGGCAUCGAGGUGUGUGUGUGCCGGCUGGACCAGGACCAGGGCCUGGAGGAGGCCGAGGGGUGUCAGGGGGCGGCCGGCUGCUGUUCCAGCGCUGGGAAAGAUCCAGCAGAACCAGAACCCGAGCGCCUCGUGUGACCGAUCACGAGUGAGCGAGACUCUGAGCUUCUGUUUCCCAGCAUCCCUCACGCUUUCCUCGACUGAGCCACUGCUCGUUUCUCACCAUGACUGCGGCCCAGAGCGGCACACACACACACACAGAGAGUGUAAAGGGAGUGUGUGUUUUCAU